AUGCCCACACGUACAAUACAAACACAGCGACGCACACUCGCAGCUAUGCAGCGAGGUACGUCAGCGCGGAUGAGUGAGAGGCCUGCAUGUACACAAACGUAUCAUCCCACCAACAGUGCUGUAUCGAAUGUACGACGAGUGGCUACAUCGCCCACCGUUGUGGCGGAUGCGGCCAAGGUGCCAGUGCCUGUUGGCAUGGCAACGGGCUCUAUAUCAGGAUUCUUGUCUGCACUUACAG